GAAAGAUCUUUUACUCAGAAGCAGAAUCCCUCGCAUUUCAACUCCAUCGUCUAAAAUCAGCUGCGAGAUUCAUCGACCCUCCGCACCAAAAAUAAACAGAACAUAGCACAACACCCACAGUCCCAACAACACCAAUGGCAGAAGAUCCAGAGAAGAAAUUCCAAUCCAUCAUGGCAAAGCUUUUCAGUUCUCCAAACUCCGUUUCAAAUCACCCCAGUUCAUCCAAAGGAGGUGGAGAAUUGUCACCAUCGUCUAGGGGCAAAAAAAGACCUAAUCCAGAGACUGCAUUGGCAUUAGUGGAGCCUAUUAAUAGACGUGAUGUGUUGUCCGUUGCGCAGUCUGGGCGGCGGCAUUCGACUGAUACUCCCUUAUGCAGACCUUGGGAUAGAGGUGAUCUUAUGAGGAGAGUUGCCACUUUUAAGUCCAUGACUUGGUUUGCUAAGCCCAAGGCGGUGAGUGCUGUAAAUUGUGCUAGAAGAGGAUGGAUCAAUUUGGAUACGGAUAUUAUAGGCUGUGAAGCAUGUGGAGCCCGUCUUCUUUUCUCUACUCCAUCAUCUUGGGCGCAGCAGCAAGUUGAGAAGGCAGCCUUGGUAUUUAGCUUGAAGCUGGAUAAUGGACACAAAUUGCACUGUCCUUGGAUUGAUAAUGCCUGUGAUGAAAGAUUAGCAGAAUUUCCUCCUACACCACCUCCAGUUUUAGUUGAUAAAUUCAAAGAACGGUUUUCUGCUAUCCUGCAACUUUUGGCCCUUCCUGUGAUUUCGUCUUCAGCCGUGGAAUACAUGAGAAGUGCACAGCUGGAAGAAUUUCUUAGACAGCCACCUACACUGGAUUUUGGAAAUGGAUCUACCCAGAUAACUCAAGUAGAGCCCCUUGCAAAUGAGUUGGAAGUUGAUUCUGCUAACUUAUAUUAUCAGGCACAAAAGCUCAUAAGUUUAUGUGGCUGGGAACCGCGAUCACUACCUUAUGUUGUUGACUGCAAGGAUGGUCAAAAGCAGGGAAUUAAGGAUGUCGACAUUUUGGAUUCGACCAAUAUAAUCCCUGUUGGACAAAACACAAGCAUUAGUUUCUGCUCUAGUACUGCAAAUGAAAGUGUGGAGGCAACUGACAACUGCCAUGCUCUUAGUGAACUACAAGCUGAUCCCCAAUCUACUGUUUUUGACUGCAAGCUUUGUGGAGCCAUUGUGGGGUUAUGGGCUUAUUCUAUAGUUCCACGUCCUACUGAGUUGUUUAGACUGGUCGGAUGCACAGAAGAAAAUAGUAAACAUAAUGAUGGAGAAGGUUUAGGCAACGAAAACAAAGUUGAUGACGGGGGAGCUGUUGUGACUUCUGCCUCAAAUAGCUCAUUAUCUACCAUAGACAGACCUUCCAGUCUGAAUUUGACAAUUGCUGGCGGUCCUCCUCCAACAAAACAAAACUUUAAAGCGACAAUUUCAUUGCCUCUUAUUGGCCGCAAUUUGAGGGCCAGGCUUUAUCAUGACUCUGAUUUUAGAGAUCAGACGUCUAAUGACCAAGAACCUCUAUCUGGAUGUCAUAAUAAGAAUCAGUCAGAGGAAAAGGGCAUUGCAGAAGACAGUUUUGUGGAACAAGUUUGUCAGCCAGAGGCUGUGGGAGUUUCAACUUGCAAAACUCCGAGUCAGGAACAAUAUAGCUAUGCAAAUGGUGAACAAUCCUCUUACUUGUGUCUUGAAAGUGAUGAAAAAGGUUCUGCAAAGGAGUCUGAGAUUUACAUAUCCUUGGAAGGAAUGGAUUUUGUCAUAGAAGGAAACAUUUCUGAAAUUGGUAUGCAAAAUUCCAGCAUUGAAUCCCCAACAAAGAGCAGUCCAGAUUUAGCACAAGGUUUUGGUCAAAGUAAUAUAUUCCCUGAUAAUUUACAAAGUGGGGGUUUCCUUGAUUCACCAAUAGGAAGUUUUGGCUGUUCUCAACUUAGAAUGUCUUCUGUUUCUGACCCAGGUGCUAGUGUCAGCACGGAAAACGGGAAUAAUAAACAUAACUCAUUAGUUCUGGUUACAUCCGAGAAUUGUGAUCAACAACAGGUUCCAGCAGUAAAUAGUACAUGUGGAAAGGAUAUUACUCAAAAGAUAGAUGCAAGAAAUGGUGAAACUCCUAAUAAUCAGAACACGUCAAUUACUCAAGCAAACAGCCAGGAAGGCAUCAAAGACAGAGUGCAGAAUCCUGCGAACAGUGAAGUUACUGCCUAUGGAAAGGACAUCAAACAAUUAUCAGAGAAAGCAAUGGAGUUUGAUCCAAUCAGGCAGCACCGACAUUUUUGCCCCUGGAUUCUAUCAACAAACAGUGGGGCAGCAGGAUGGCAGCAAACACUAUCUGCUCUGUUUCGUCAGAAAGAAGACACCACUCCUACAAAAUCCUCUCCAUCUACCUCCAAACUUAAGGUGGAUGAUCCUAUUGCAUCAGUAAGAAAGCUUUUUCAGUCGCCAUCUUCAUCAAAGAGAUUGAAAUCUACUCCCGGAUCUAUCUGAAGCAUCAGAUGCAGUGGAUCUUACAGGGAGUCAACAUGUACCUAAACGGCUAAACUGUAUAUUGAAUUGGAGUGCUUUCCUUUCGUACAUGGUAGAUGCAGUAAAAUCAGAAAUUAUGUAUUGAAACCAUGCUAGUAGCUGUUGUAACUGUAGGAUAGGCACUAUAACGUCCCUACUGCAGCCCAAAUACUUUGUGAAUUAUUCUGUAAAAUUACUACUACGAAUCUUGCAGUUUUGAACACUGCAGAGUGUUGUGAAAUUUUGAAAGAAAAAACAAUAAAAUGAAUUUGUUCUGUCGCA